AUGGAGUCUGAUAUUGGGCUUGUUCAUGUGACGAACUACCAUGGCACACGUAACAAUAUGCACGGCACCAGCAGUAGGGCGAUCGGUGACUCCGACUACCAGUUGGAAGAACAUCUCUCUGAUGAGGCGGCAGAUAUCGGCUCUCUAACCAAAAGUUUUGUCUCAGAGUUCCGAAUCAAAAACAACUUCCUCUACAUGGACAUGCUGCGCGGGAACCUGGCAGCAGGUCUGUUCUUUAUCGAGGUGCAGAUGUCCCACCUCCAGCAGUACAGCGGGACACUUUCCGGUGUUGUGCAGUACUCCCCAACUCGCACGCUACCACGGAUGGAACACGCCAUCUGUGAGCUUGCGCAGACAUAUAAGCUCUUCCCCCGCUUUGCGCGCCAGGGCUUAAUCCAGGUCCAGCUUUUCUGGGGGAUCCCGCCGACGGCCUUGCGGAGCCUUGCGCAGGCAGCUGUAGCCCAGCUUGUCUGCGUGAGCGGGAUUGUAAUCAAGACAAGCGCCGCACAUGCGCGCUGUGUGCGGGCGGCGAUCCAGUGUACGAGCUGCCGAAGCCAAACCGUCAUCGCCGGCGGCGGCCGCGGUGUGGAGCUUCCGCCGCACUGUCUCGACAAUGGCGGCGCUCGGCCAGGCGCGCGCUGCCGGCCCCACCCCUAUGUCCUCCUCCCUGCCGCCUGCGAGUUUGAGGAUCAGCAGCUGCUGAAGCUACAGGAGCUCCCCGAGGACGUCCCGACAGGGGAGCUGCCGCGACAGCUCGGUGUCGUUGUCGAUCGCUAUUUAGUGGACCGGGUCAGCCCGGGCGCGCGCGUGCAGGUCGCCGGCGUCGUCGCCGUGCAAGAACGCCGCGGGGGGAUCGCGGGGAGCUCGCGCCGGGGCACCAGCCGCGUGACUGCCGGGCUCCGCGCGCAGUACCUCCGGGGUGUCGGCCUGAUGUUCCACUCCGGUGGUGACGUCCCUGCUGGAGCGGCGGUCGUCAGUGUGAACGAAAACUUCUCCUCGCGAGUCCGUUCGAGAUCGGCGUUAGUCUGGCAACCAGAGGAAGAAGCCCUCUUUAAAGCCUUUGCAAAAAGCGGUAACGUGUACGAGACGCUUUCCCGCAGCAUCGAUCCCGCAAUUUUCGGACUCAACGAUCAGAAGAAGGCCAUUGUGUGUCUUCUCUUUAGUGGAACCCGGAAACGGCAGGGGAACAACUACUUGCGCGGGGAUAUGAAUGUGCUCUUCAUCGGGGACCCCUCUACCGCCAAGUCGCAGCUGCUGAAGUAUACAGAAAAGGUGGCACCGAUUGGUAUUUACACCUCGGGCAAGGGAAGCAGCGCGGCGGGUCUGACGGCCUCCGUCAUUUCGAACGGCAACGGUGAUUUCGUGCUGGAAGCGGGUUCGAUGGUUCUGGCGGAUGGCGGCGUCAUCUGCAUCGAUGAAUUUGAUAAGAUGCGCGAUCAAGACCAGGUCGCCAUUCAUGAGGCGAUGGAGCAGCCGACCAUCUCCAUCGCAAAGGCAAACCUAACAACGAUGCUGAACAGUCGCACAUCGGUUCUGGCCGCGGCCAACCCGACGCUGGGUAGCUAUGACCCACUACGCUCAAAUGAAGAUCAGAUGGACUUUCAGAGCGCUAUCCUGUCCCGUUUUGAUCUGAUUUUCAGGAUCAUCGACCCUCAUAACCCUGAGGUCGAUAGCCGUCUUGCACAUCACGUCGUAAAUCUGCAUAGAACGGGCAGACGAGGUCCAAAGGACGGAGGGGCUGACAACGCGAUCGGGCUGGGCCCCACAAGCAAUCUGGCGAACGAAACCGUGAAAACGGUGGAUGGUAUCACUCCGAAUGGCGUCGUGGAUCGGCUUUUCUUUACCAAAUACAUCUCUUACGCACGUGCCACCUGCCACUCUGUCAUCUCUGAGGACGCAAUGACGGUGCUUCUGGACUUUUAUGUACAGGUUCGCCGCGACGUGCAUCGGCAGACCCUCGAGACACUAUCCUCAUCCUCACCUUCGCUUUCCGGUGGUGGCGUAAGUUCGAAUCCGUCUAGCAAGGGUGGUGCUGGAUUUGGUGGCGCUAAGCCGCAAAUGCCGAUCAUACAAAUCACUGCCCGUCAACUCGAGAGUCUCGUGCGCAUCACGGAAUCCCUGGCAAAGAUGCGCUUAGACGUCCUCGCAACACGUAUGGACGCCGAGGAAGCUAUACGCCUGUUUAAAUUUUCGACCGUAGAUGCAAUUCACAGCCGAGCUGCCGAUCAAAUAUUGACAGAAGCCCAGGGUCAGGUCAUUUUGCGCAUUGAGGAGGCUCUUCGGCGUCGCCUGACGCUUGGUGCGACCGUUGAGUACCGCCGCUUGAUCUCUGAGAUGGUUCGGAUGGGCCUUGAUGGCAAAAUGGUAGACCGGGCGUUGUACGCCAUGACGAAGCGGGAGGAGCUGGAGUGGCGUAAGCAGCGGACGCUGCUCUAUCGCGUUCGAUGA